AUGGAAGAUCAGUCGUGGAGACGCUUCUCAGCCUUGUCGAGGCGGCAUCAGGGCGCUUUUCAGCCCCGAAUCGGUACUAUUCUAAUCGACGAAUGAGUUUGUUUCUCGUCCUCUUUGGAAUCGACUGUUGGUGUCGCGUUAUGACGUGUAGUUUCGUCGUCCCUUGUUCUCCUGAAGAUCUGUACAUGGGGUUCGGGGAUGUCGACAGUGGGGCGGACGACUCCCUCGCGGAGUUCGCGUGCCCAUUCUGCUUCGAGGACUUCGACAUCGUGGGGCUGUGCGGUCACAUUGACGAUGAGCAUCGGGGGGAAGCUAAGAACGAGGUAUUUCUUGGACAUGGCAAUCUGUGACCGACGAUUCCGAUCGUCUGUUCUUGGAAUACUUUGGUUCGGGAAUUUUGAUUUUCGUCACUUGGACAGAAGGGAUUCUUUGUUUUCUCUUUCUAGAUCUUCAUACCACAUACUGAAUACCGAACGAUCUUCAAUCAUCAGUUAUAAAAGUGACCAUGUUUCUGCUGCUCAUAUCUGAUCCCCAUUUUUCUUUUUUGCAUAUUCUUGUGUUUUCCAGAAUCUUCUGUACCCCUUUUUUUAUUGUAUUUUGUUAGUCACUAGAUUUUCUCUCAGGAUCAAACCUGUUCGCAGGGUUUUAGCACCCUAUGGAGGGGCAAUCAUGGAAUACCCAAUCAGCUGGUUCUUUCUCAACAGCCUGCAUAGCUAUUGAUUUGCAUUUCCACCCCUUAUAAAAUCGUAUUUAUACCUUCAAAUGUCUCCCCUUUUAUGGGCCCUUUCGUGACUUACUUAUGUGCUAUUAAUGGUAUUCAAUCACAAAAAAAUCUCUUUAUUUAUAUAUUUUUUCAGUGCGGAGAUGCCUUUCCUGUUCUUUCUCAGAGCAGCUUCAUCUCUGUGAUGUGUUAUGAUGUGUGAAUUUCAUGUCUUUCUUGCUGGUGUGCCCCGUUUGUGAAACCAGGGUGGGCGUGGAUAUGGUUGGACACAUAACCAUGCAGCAUGGAAAUCUCUUUAAAAUAUCCUUUAUUUUAUCUCAUUAUUAUUAUUAUUAUUUUAAGAAGAAAUUUGGACUAUCAGCCAUUUUAAUCGAUGUUUAUCCUGUUUUCACUUACCCAUCAAUUUCCGUUUUGGUUCUCCUUCUCAUGUAUUGGAAUAGAGUGUGGGUUGACUUUUGAUGAUGCUCUUAUCAUCCUUGACCAUUUCUCACAUGAAACGGAGGAGAUCACACAGAGGGUCGCUGGUGCCCCAGUCUCCCCUCUCUUUGCUUAAAAAGGAACUGCGGGAAGGGCAUGUGCAAUCGCUUCUUGGAGAAUUUUCCCGCAUAGUUGCUCCAUCCAGUGCAGCACCUGAUCCACUGCUGUCAUCUUUUAUUUCUAAUUUACCCACGAAAGAUUCAACAAAACCCGUUCAGCUUCAGGCAUCAGGUGAAGGCAGUCAACGGAGCAAGAAACUGGAAGACAACAGAGUUGCGAAGAGGUAUGAACCGUUAACCCUAGCCACAUUUAUUUUCAUGUUUCCCUAAUCUGGAUUCUAAAUAUGGUAUCUGGAUGGAAAGAUUUAUUACCUUAAAGGUAGAACCGUAGAGCAGUGGAGUUUAUACAAUGUCUCGUUGAGCUCUUGGGGGGGUCAAACUAGGAAGGCUUUCCAUCCUUUCUUCAGAGCUUCAACCGGGUUUCCUGACUGAGUCAGAUGUGAUGAUGCUUAGUAGGCAACUGUCCAAUGAGUUAGGAACUCCUGAACCCCCCAACGGGUUUUAUGUCUUCCUUGCAAAGAGUGUGAGGUUGAAGAUCAUACCAUGAUUAUUGCCAUCUUUGGUAGUUCCCAUCAGAGUUCACCGGUGAUUAUAUAAACUUUGAUUGGCGAUGUGAAGCUUGGACUUUUGUCAGAGAUCACUUCCAUUAGAACCCAUACAAGCAAAGACGGGAUGGCCUUUUCCAGUCACUUCACGAGUUCACACUCUGAUAAAAUCGAAAAUCAUGAGCUGAUUAUAACCAAAUUUAGUAGGUCCCACAUCAAAGUGCGUAGGUGAUCGAUUAUACAAACUUCGACCGGAGAUGGAAAGUUACCAGUUUUUAUGAGUAUCGGUGAUGAUUACCAGCACAACCGGCAGCAGGCAUGAAGUGACCUUUCUCCAGUCUUCACGAGUUGACUCUCUGAUGCAGUUGAAGAUCAAAAGCUGAUUCUCAACACUUUUAGUGACCUUUUCCUUGUCUGAAUACUGCAAUGUGACACUCUCGAGAAUCAUAUACCUCGUAUGAGUUUAUGAUGCUAGGUAGAGGAUCUUCCCCCAUAUGUUUCUUCCCUGUCAAGGGAGCACAGAGAGAGAGAGAGAGAGAGAGAGAGAGAGAGAGAGAGAGAGAGAGAGAGAAUCGUGUGGGAUUACUUACCUUUCUAAUUGACUGGGGGUGGCUUUGCUUCCAGCAUUGAACAAGAAGCUCUGUCGGUGAAGGACAAGGAGGAGAAGGCCCGAAAAUCCAGGUUCGUGAGGGAGCUCGUGCUGUCCGCCAUGUUGCACGUCACCACCUUGUGA